AUGCAGACCAUUAACCGCUUUCUCUAUGGACCGACACCUGAAGAGAGAGUGCGUGUAUGGCAAGGAAAAUUGCGUUCAGAAAGCCGACAACUGGACAGGGAGAUGAGGCAGCUUGAAGCUGCGACUGCUAAAGCACGCACGACGGUGAAGCAGCUUGCUACCAAGGGAGAUGUGAAGUCUGCACGAAUCCUCGCCAAGGAGGUCGUCCGCAGUAAUAAGCAGAAAGACAGAUUGUCUGUUAGCAAAGCACGCUUGGGAUCGAUCGGUACCCAGCUACAGCAGCAGCUGGCCAUGGUCAAAGUUACAGGGUCGUUGCAGAAGUCUACAGAAAUUAUGAAACUAUCCAACUCGCUUGUCAAAUUGCCCCAGAUAAGUCAAGCAAUGCGAGAAAUGAGCAUGGAAAUGACGAAGGCUGGGAUCAUGGAGGAAAUGCUUGGAGACACCUUACAAAUGGACGAGGACGAAGAGCUAGAAGAAGAGGCAGACGCUGAAGUUGAGAAGGUUCUUUUCGACCUCACUAACGGGAAACUCGGGCUAGCUGGCUCAGCCGGAACGGAUCUACCAGCACCACAAGAUCGACUGGAGGACGAUGAGGCGGAGAGGGUAAUGGAGGAAGCCCGAAAACAGCUAAACGGUCUGUUGAGCGGCUGA